AUGAACUCAACGAAUGCAGUUUAUGGCGCAUCGUGCAAUUCUUCUCAUUCGCCUGCCCAGAAUGAAAAGAAAGUACUAUGUACGGAUAUUUCUGCACAGCAAUGCUCUACUGCGUCACCCGAUAAGGUAUCUGUCUUAUCGGAAGAUGAAUUGGAAAAUGUCCGACCUCAAAGUUCUCUACACAAGCCAUCAGAUAUUGAAGAUGUCUAUCUUCCUAAGAAGUAUACGCCCCCAAAACACAGAAGAUCCUGGAGAUUACUCCGAAAAUCUUUAUGUCCAGUGUCCCAUGAUGAACAAACACUACCACCUAGAAGAUGUCGUCGAAAUUCUGGGAUAUACUCGCAAACUCGAGUAAGUGCGUCUGCUACGUUGAAUAAGUUACUUAUUUAUUUAUUUUCAUUCCUUCACGUUCCCAGUGGAACAUAGAGCUUCAAGCUAGAGACUUGAAUUUUCUGUAGAAAUGUUUAUUUUAACUGGAUGGGGUUUCUAUCGUCUCGCUCAACCUUUUUCUCUUAAUCAGCUUCAUUUCUGGUUUACCGAGGUUUAGGAGUGCGUUGGCCGGCAAUCGUAACUGUGUUGACAUCCGUGGUCGAGGGAAUUCUACCGCUGCACCAUGAACUCAACUUUCCAAAUUGAAACGUCAUGAAGACAAGGUGUAUAUAUAACGUAUUCACCGUAUUGGAUAUUGAUACCAUAUCACUUUAUUGGUCUUGUUUUGCAUUCGAAUGUAGUCUGCGUUAGCAUUGUUGACAGUUGGCUGAUGUAGCUGUUAGCUAUAUCAGACUAUUACGGAUAUUCGUCACGUCUUCUGUAUGCGAAUUGUUCAGUGCUUCUGUUUAAAGAUUUCAAAACUGGUAGUCUGUUGAACAAUAAAUCAAAAUAGUGAAAGUAACACAGGACAGGAUAUAUAAAAACCUGGACCGCGGUGUUGCCAUUUUAACGUAUGCUUUGUGCUUGAUUGCAUAGAUGAAUCACAUAUAUGAGUUCUCAUAUAUUUAAAUAUCCUACUUCAAGAUAGUUAUUCCAUUCGUCAACCGUUUCUAGCUUUCGCGAAAUUCUUCACUUCUGUCCACUUUGAGUACCCAGUCGCCUUGUGUGAAAACCAAGCAUUUUGAUUUAGUUGUCAUUUAUAUAAACAGCCCCUUUCUCUCCGUCUCUCCUUGUUCAUAAAACAUACAAAUCUACAGUGCAAGUUUAAGCUGGUUUUCCGUUAAUCUUUCUGACAAUUCGAGCACAUACCCAUUUGAAUUACAUUGUCAUGCUUUAAGAUAUGCUCGGCAUGUACGUCUUGUAGCUUGAAUUUUGUUGAUACAUCGUAUUGUAUUUCAAAAGCCACUAUUUUCUUCAUAAUUUCUUGGUCCUCAAAUUAAUAGAACGUACAAACUGAAUAGCUAUUAGCUAGGUACAUGGGACUAUGCUUUACAUUGCUAGUAUCUUCAACCAUGUGUAAUAUAUGGUACUAAUCCACAUUUGAAUUAAUAUUCUUUUUUUGUAGACGAAUGCAGUUUAUGGCGCAUCGUGCAAUUCUUCUCAUUCGCCUGCCCAGAAUGAAAAGAAAGUACUAUGUACGGAUAUUUCUGCACAGCCAUGCUCUACUGCGUCACCCGAUAAGGUAUCUGUCUUAUCGGAAGAUGAAUUGGAAAAUGUCCGACCUCAAAGUUCUCUACACAUGCCAUCAGAUAUUGAAGAUGUCUAUCUUCCUAAGAAGUAUACGCCCCCAAAACACAGAGGUUUACCAACCAUUUUCGAAAAUACUGUUAAGGAAAACCAACGCUGCCACAGGUUAAGCAGAAACACUGAUCGUUACCCCUUACGAAGGCAGAUAUUUACCGGACAAUCACUCGAAGAAGCAUGCAUUCCCACAGCUCCCGGCGUCGCCCCUCUGGAUCA